AUUGACGGCUGCGUCGGUGUCUGUUAGAACUGACAGACAGACAAUGUCACUGUCAGAACCUGUCUGCUGCUGCUGCUCUAAGCGUCAGCCGGCGUCACUGCAAACCACAAGCAUUGGUCAUGAACAAACACGUAAAUAUGGAGGCGAAUUGCGCCGCGUUGCAAAUGACCCAUGAACCUCGUGUGUCUAUUUUCUCUCUCUCCAUUUAUCUCCCUCUCUCUCUCUCCCUCCCCGGAUCUCAAACAGCGAAUCCUUCAAGGAGCGGAACUGCGAUGGCGUCAGUCGACGAUUCAAAGACAUCUCGGUUAUCUAUCCCCUGUAUGGAUCUAAAAAUACCAACGUCUAUCGUACGACUUUUACAGACGAACUGUAUUCCCUCUCCAAUGGAUACACAACGGAUUAGCCAUCUCCUCGCUGAGCAGCGCCUGGAGCUCUCAUUUAUCAGGGAGGAAUUAGAUCGCGCCCGAGCAGAGGUUUCGCGCCUCGAGGCUAAACAAUCUGGGACCAUGGAAAUGGUCCAGAAACUAGAAGCGCUACGGUCUCCCGUUCGCCGUAUGCCAAUAGAGAUAAUGGCAAAGGUCUUUGAUUUCUGUGUUCGGGACGAAGAACUUCAGGAGCUCGAUCCUCUUCGGGCUCCCUUGUUAUUGUGUCAAGUCUGCAGCGCUUGGAGAGAGCUCAUGUUUUCUCUCCCUUGUUUGUGGAGGACUCUCAAGCUUGGCUUUCCAUCCGUAACGCCAAACUGGGACAACGUCAUGCAGUCAAGGAUCAUGUCUAUGCACGUGUGGAUAUCGCGCACGAAAGCUCUUCCAAUUUCCCUAACUCUCGAGCACCCGAGCAACUCUCCGAUCACGUGGGCAGCUCUUAUGUCACUUGACAAGGAGCUCCUGACUCUUGGAUGCCGCGUUGAAGAGCUUUGUCUUAGAUUUUCUCCGUUGGCACUUAGCUCCUUGUUGACAGUCACCCAAAGUCCACUUCCGCACCUACGGCGUCUUGAGCUUCAUAACAGCAACCCUCUUCCUAGUAACGACAAUCCACCUCCAUUAUCUCUUCAUGAUGCACCCAGCCUACGCAGCCUCUCGAUUGCGUGGGGUACUCUUGACACCACCAAGUUCCGCGUUCCUUGGAGCCAACUGACAGAGUUGUCCCUUCAGUACGACGCCAGCCCCUAUUGGAAUGCCGUUCACAACGACUACCUCAUUGUGCUCCGUCAAUGCCCCAAUCUCAAAUGUUGCUCUAUCGGAAUAGGAAUGACAAUACUCGACCCAGAUCCAGAUACGAUCGUACCUGUCUCACUUCCCAACCUCGAAUCAAUGAAAGUACGCCUCUUCUGUCAAACGCUCUACACCCAACAGUUCUUCGAUGCGCUCCACGCACCAAAACUGCACACGUUUGAAUUUCAGAACGUCAGUCUUGCCAUGGGUUCAUUCGCCAGCCAAACAGAACCCCUCCCCUUCAUUUCCCGAAGCGCAGCAACUCUCGAAAACCUGUCCUUUGACACUAUUAAUAUAUCCGAUGCCAACAUGCUUUCAUGCCUCUCCCAGCUUCAUCGCUUAAAACGCCUACGUUUCCUGCCUGGCCCUCUUCAGCUCAAUCACAACCUCGUGGACAGCCUCGUGUUAUCCGGAGCAUCUCAAGGCGCCUCCAUCUGUCCUCAACUCUCAUCGUUGAGUCUCAAAUGCUCGAAGCGUAUUUCCGUCGAUAGGGUGACGGAGCUUGUAGAGUCGAGGUGCAGUGCUAGCCCUAAGUUGGGAAAAUUUUGCCUGCGGAUCGCAGCAUUUGACUACGGGCAGGAUUCACGGGAUAACACAAUCGCCGAGCUGAGGGAACGUCUGAAUCAGUAUGUGGAGGGGGGGUUACAGCUCUACCUGAUGAAGGCAAAGCCGACGGGUUGAAGUGAUGUUGGAUCUCAGCUACUGGUUGUGCGUACCGUCCACUUUUACUGGCUUGGCGGACAUCCCUUUUUCUUGGUUCUCAUUCACCAUUACUGAAACAAUUACGUCGCUCAUACCCCUGAUGAUCAUUGCUCGCGCCGCGGAGCGUUCCCUGUUGUUGUACCUUUUCUUCUUUCGUCAUCCCCCU